CAGAUAGUUUAAUAUGCAGAGUGAGAGGGGAAGGGGCUGUACUCGUCUCUUACAUACGUAUACAAGGUCCCGAACUGAAAAUGUUUAUGUUAGACCAAAGAGAAUUGAAAUGAAGCGUUAUUGGAUGAUUCGUAUUAGUGUUUCUUUCAUUAGACUGUCUAAAUGCUGACCGCGGAAAAUGUAAACGUUCAACACGUUAAACCUAAUGCGUUGACAUUAUGUUUCGUCAUACUCUAAGUAUUUCUGUGCCUCUUUAAUUUUGGAAGGGAAAGUUUUCAUUUAUAAUGUGGUGCCCAUCAACGUUCACGUUACUCCUGUGUUUAUCUGCGGUGAAAGUUCACUGUCACCAUGAAAGUGAGCUGUGUCCUCGCAAAGAGCCUCCUCCUGGAGUUCUUGUAUUGAAGUUGGGAAGCAACGUUGUGCUUGGCUGCAGAGGUGAUGUCACUGUAAAUGAUGUCCCAUUAGUUUCAGCCACUGUGCUUAAAAAAAUCAGAAACAGAUCAGAGGGUGUAACCGUCGGCUUUGCAACCCAGAAAGAUCCUGUGUAUGUUGACGUUAAUAGUAUUAAUCAAAGCUAUAUCAAAGGAACUGCUCCAGCUGGUACAACAUACAAACAGAUUGAUUCAGGUAUACAAACCAAAGCUAAAAAAGACAUGAUGGUUACUGCUAAACCCUCUAUAACAAGAGAGGAUCGACCCACGUUGAGUCGUGUCUUGCGUGAUGUUGAUCAACCCGCCCAUUCAGAGAAGGUGGAAGGAGCUAGACAGGAGGAAGGGGCCAAUGGCGUUACCAUGGGGACAGAUUUCUUUUCGGAGGAAGAUGAAUAUGACGACUACGCGUAUGAAGAAGAAGGGUCCAGGGUGACCAGAGGGAUCAAAACGCGAGCACACUGGACUCUGAAUGGUUGGCAAGUGCGAAGGGGAGGGAUUUUAAGACUGCCAUAUCUCAGCUUGGCCAAUUCUGGAAAUUACAGCUGCUACAAAGGAGAGAGACUUAUCUCAACUAUCAACAUCAGUGUGGGAGUGUCCCCUGAGAGACCCACCGUCUCUUGCUACAGGAAGUUCCCCACUAGCAAGGUCCGCUGUGAUUGGACAUCCAAGCAACCAGUAACCCCACGGCCACUCUGUUAUCUACUUCUUAGAAAAGGAUUCUUAAAUAAUGUCACUCAUAUCAAUUGUUCAUUCUCUCGAUCGCGAUGUUGGUGUGCUUUUCCUAUGGAGGAAGGGGACGACGCGCUAUAUUUGGCAAAACUGUGUGUGACAAACACAGCGGGCAAUGCCAUCAGCCCUCAAAUCAACUUUAGGUUACAAAAUAUAAUUAAGCCAGACCCUCCGAUCAAUGUAGAAGUGAGAGCAGUUACAGGCCAUAACCAUAAACUUAAAGUGUCCUGGUGGUAUCCCAGUACUUGGAAACAUGGCUUCUACAACCUGCAAUUCCAGCUGAGAUACCGACCACAACCCGCAGAAAAUUACCAGUUUAUAGAUGGGAUAAUAGGUGAAUUAUGGGAAAGACGACUGUCUCGGACGAUUUCUGAUGCUCUGCCUAACACUCCGUAUGAGAUUCAGCUUCGGGCCAAGGAUGAGUUUGUUGGCAUGUGGAGUGAUUGGACUAAGACAGUCAUUGGAUUCACCUGGUCAAACAACGAAAUACACAUAGUUCCUGAAAAUAGUCCAACUUUUGACAACAAUAGCUUGGAGAUGUUUCCUGAAGGUUCAGGGGAAUCUGUAGAAGGCACUGAUGUUGGUUCAGUGAUCAUAGAUGAAGCUGUUGAUAGCGCUGCAGUAUGGAUGUAUGUGUUGUGGAUUUGUGGGAUGUGUUGUUUUGUAGCCCUCGUGAUACUUACAGUUUAUUUCUUCAGGUAUAAGCUGCGUUUUGUGUCUAAAGUAGGGAAAGAGAAUUUGGCUUGUUCUUCCCAACCUCAUUCCUCUCCCCCUCUUACUCCUACCACACUUUCUGAGUGGCUUCCAGAGGAGGAAAUGUCUCUGAUGGUUCCUAUCAACCACAAACAGCAACAACCAAGUUUCCUUCCUGAUCAGCAAGAGGGAAAGGAGGGUAUUUACCUGCAUAACAGAGACUACUUCCUGUCGCCGGUGACCGAGGGUGUGCCAUUGACAAUAAGCUCUUCUUCAUAAAAAAGUCAUGAAGAAAAAAUCUACAUUUGCUGUAGUAAAUACACUGUAAUUCAUUGAGGACUUUUGUUUGCUUAAUCACACACUCUGCUGUUAAUUGUAAUGUGACCCUGAUUGUGAAAUCUAGGCAUCAAAUGUUUUGACAUACUCAAUAUUAAAGAUAUCAGUGUUGUAUUUUGUUUUAUUGUAUAGAGACCAAACAAUUCACUGUCAUAAGCCAAACUGAAAUGUUAUAAAUGUAUAUAAACUAUUUCUACGUAAUGCUUCACAUCAAUUGAUUUCUGCAGUAUGUAUAGCUAAAGCACUUUUUAUUAGUUGCUCUAAAAAAUGUUAUAAUAUAAUAGUGCUUAUGUGCUUACACCGCUUAUUUGCUGGUCAAAUACAGAACUUUUAAUUGUAAUUUUCUUUUGUGCUACAGUGGUAACAUUUUCUCCACAAAAUAAAGGUUUUUAUUGAA